AUGUCAACAACCGAGCAUUCGGCGCAGUCGAGCACCGGCCAGCGGCCAGACGUUGGACCGGACAGCAACAAUGGAAGCCCGCCACCCCUAGCUGAUGCACGCCAGCACGACGAGGGCACGUUGGAGCAGUCCAAGGAGCUUCGACCGCCGCUUCCUGCACGGCCAGACCUUAUGGAGAGAGGUCAAACUGCAGGCGCUGGGUCAUUACGACUCUCCAAGCGAGCAGCUAGACCACAGCUACAAUCACAAGCCACGACAGCGUUGUCUUUGGCAGACGUCCACACAGCAGACCGUCUGGAGUCGGGCGAUCUGAAGUCAUCACCAGCAAGUCGAGCAGUGUCCCGGAAGCCAAGCUUUGCGUACUCCCUUCGCCAUGCCAGCACCGCCGCAAGCGAGGUCGACGAUGGUGCUAGCGUGCGGUCAGAUAUGCCAGCUGCUGGAAGUCGGCUUGAUGGCGAGAGUAUGUUGGGAGACCUGAUUGAGGGUGCAAGCACUCCAGCCUUCAAAGCGCUCAGCGCUCAGAUCGAACGUGCGGACCCGUUCGAUGGAACACUGGCAGAAGACGAUAUCUUGUCCACACAGAUGCAGUAUGAGCUGCAUGAUGUUGCGUCCGUGGACGCAGAUGGGACGAAUGAAGAAGCACUGCUCAAGAUUUGGAAAGCUAAGCUAAAGCACUUCUUUAUCCUGUCUGCUUCUGGAAAGCCAAUAUACAGCCGCCACGGAGAUGAUCAGCUCAUCAGUCACUACAUCGGUGUGGUGCAGACGCUCAUAUCCUUCUAUCAAGGAGCUAAUGAUCCUCUGAAAGGAUUUACUGCUGGGGAUGCUCGCUUCGUCCUGCUUUCAAAGGGUCCCUUGAACCUGGUCGCAGUCAGUCGGCUGGGCGAAAGCGACGCACAGCUGAGGACACAGCUCGAGUCUCUGUACAUGCAAAUUCUGUCGACUUUGACCUUGCCAAGUCUGGAACGGAUGUUUUCUUAUCGACCUUCGACGGACCUGCGACGUCCGCUUGAGGGCACUGACGUACUGCUGGAUGGUUUGGCUGACGGCUUCACGCGCGGAUCACCAUCGACUUUACUUUCCGCACUGGAGUGUCUGAGGCUUCGGAAGUCUCACAGAAGGGUGGUCGACGAGACACUGCUCAAGGUUCGGUCAUCCAACCUGCUGUAUGGUCUCAUCGUAGCCGCCGGCCGUCUCGUCAGUGUGGUUCGGCCCAAGAAGCACUCUCUUCACCCAGGUGAUUUGCACCUCAUCUUCAACAUGCUGUUCGAAGCCGGCAGCGUCAAAGCGGGAGGAGGAGAGAAUUGGAUCCCUCUCUGUUUACCUGGCUUCAACAACACAGGCUUCUUGUACAUGUACGUCAGCUUCUUCUCCACCUCCGAGGACGUCCACAGCCCAGAGGCCGAACGUCCGUCUUCAGGCGGCAAGGAUGACGAGCUUGCCAUUGUCUUGAUCAGUGCAAACAAAGACAGCUUCUUCGAGCUGCGGCAAAUGCGUGAGGACCUUGUGAUCCAGCUGGAAAAGAAUGGCAGCAUGGCUGUCAUCAAAACAGCUAUCCGCAAGGGACAUGCUUCUUGCGCCGACAUCACACCUGGCACUGUGCUCAAGCACUUCCUGUACAAGUCUAGAGGCAACGUACAGUUCACCAUGCCUUCGUUUGAACCACAUUUCCAUGGCCUGGUCGCCAGGCGGAAGCUGAUGUCGCUGUACCACAACCUCCACGAGAGCAUCCACUCUCGCACGUCGCAUCUGAAGGUACAGCACACUAUUGCGUACGAUUCGACAGCGCUUGCGUGGGAAACGCCUCUUUUUGAGCUGUACUGUGUUGCCAGCUCCAACGCCUCACGGGCUGCCCUUGUCCAAGGCGCCAACAAGGUGGUUUCAUGGAUUCGGAGGGAGGAGGAACGAGUCUUCAUCAUUGGCGGGGCCGUGUUCUAG